GAUCUUCAUCCCCAGGAAACACCGGCAACGCUUUGAUGAGGUGGUGUCCCAGAGUCUCAUCAGCAAGCUGUGCCGAGCCAAGAGAGAGCAGCCGACCAACCGUCUGAGACGCAGCCGUAGCGAGGACCACCAUGAACGCCUGCUGGUCUCCACCCGGGCCAGCUCAGUGCCCCGGUGCCAGGAAGAGAAUUGCCAGAGCUUGAGGAAGUCCACCGCUCUGAUUGGCAACAAUGUGGGGACGGGGGCAGCUUGCAGAACUGUCCGUGUCUACAAGGGCAGUAGAAGCUUCGGGUUUACGUUACGUGGCCAUGCUCCUGUGUGGAUCGAGUCCAUCUUGCCUGGGAGUCCAGCUGAAAAAGCAUCCCUGAAAGCUGGCGACAGAAUCCUGUUCCUGAAUGGCCUGGAUAUGAGGAACUGUUCCCAUGAGAAGGUGGUCUCCAUGCUCCAAGGCAGCGGGGCAAUGCCCACCCUCGUGGUUGAAGAAGGCAUUGUUAGCUUUUCCAGUGAUGGUGAAUCUUCUGAAGCACCCAGCUCCUCCUCAGCCCUCACCUCCUUGCAGUGGGUCGCUGAGAUCCUGCCCUCCAGCAUCAAGAUCCAGGGAAGGACCUUCCACCAGCAGCUGGAACAUCUGCUCAUACCAGCAGAGCGCUACACAGUAUGCAAAGCCCUGGAGAGCUUCUUCCAGCACAGGAACAUCGACACCCUGAUUGUGGACGUCUACCCUGUGCUGGACACGCCCUCCAAGCAGGUGAUCUGGCAGUUCAUCUACCAGUUGCUAACCUACGAGGAGCAGGCCCAUUGCCAGCAGAAGAUCGCCAGGUUCCUUGGCUACAAGUCCUUGGCAAGUGGGACAUCCGAUGCUGCUGUAGCCGAAGCCGAAGCGGACGAACAGCCUCAGAGUUCCCUACGGACCGGCCCAGGGCGUCGGAAGAGUCUGCGUGGCCAUAGCCCCAAGGACAGUGAAGCCCGGGAACGGGCCUUUGCUCUGCUCCAGCCCCUGAACUGCUUAUUACAGAUGAGUUUCCACGAUGACCAGGGCAGCUACAUGGCCAAUGACCGCAGCAGUGCCAGCGAGGGCUUGAGCAGCAGCGAAGGGAGUUCCCUGACCUACUCCAUCUUGUCAGACCACCUCCCCCCGCCUCCAAUCAGCCCACCCCCCAGACCUCCACAGUUCCGUGACCCCCAGAAAGAGCCCAGGGCCACCGAAGCGGCCCAGAGUGCUCCCUCCGGCCCCCAUCCCACAGCCCAGCUGCCCCCGCCUCCUCCCCCGCCCCCUCCUCCCCCAAUGCCCUGCGUGCCCCCUCCAAUGCUGCAAGGAAGUAUUCACCGCAGGAGCGAGUCCAACCACAUGAGUGUUAAGCGGCUGCGCUGGGAGCAGGUGGAGAACUCGGAAGGCACCAUCUGGGGUCAGCUCGGGGAGGAUUCUGACUACGACAAGCUGAGCGACAUGGUCAAGUACCUGGACCUCGAGCUGCAUUUUGGAACUCAGAAGCCAGCCAAGCCCAGCCCCUUGCCGGAGCCCCUUAAAAAAAAGCACCUGGUUGAGAUUCUGUCCCACAAAAAGGCCUACAACACAGCCAUCUUGAUUGCGCACCUUAAGCUCUCCCACAUCAAGCUGCGCCAGAUCCUCCUGAGCAUGGAGAGCGACCGCCUGGAGGCCUCUCACCUCAAGCAGCUGCUGCUCUUCGCGCCUGAUGCCCAGGAGGUGCAGCGCUUCCACAGCUACCAGGGCGACCCCAGCAAGCUGAGCGAGCCGGACCAGUUUGUCCUGCAGAUGCUUUUGGUGCCUGAAUAUAAAAUCCGCCUGGGCAGCCUUCACUUCAAGACGACCCUGCAGGAGAAGGUGGAGGAGAUUACGGCCAGCUAUGAGUGCAUCUACAAGGCUUCCCUGGAACUGAAGAAUAGCAAGAAACUGGCCAAAAUCUUGGAGUUUGUGCUGGCCAUGGGCAACUACCUAAACCACGGGCAACCCCAAACCAACAAAACAACCAGCUUUAAAAUCAACUUCCUCACAGAGCUGAACACAACGAAAACAGUUGAUGGGAAAUCCACCUUUCUGCAUAUCCUUGCCAAAUCGCUUAGCCAACAUUUCCCAGAGCUCCUGGGUUUUGCCACGGAUUUGCCCACAGUGCCACAUGCUGCCAAAGUGAAUCAGAGAACAUUAACAGCUGACCUCAGUGACCUUCACCGCACUGUCCACGAGAUCGCAGUCGCCUGCCAGAAUAUGGUGCCUUCAUCACCCGAGGACAGAUUUGUGCCAGUGAUGGAUGCCUUCCUGGAGAGCGCAGAUCCCACCGUCCAGUCCCUGGAUCAUCUCCAGCAUAAAGCCAUGGAGGAGUUCAGGAAGGUCUCGUCCUUCUUUGGGGAAGACUCCAAAGUCACAACCUCUGAGGAUUUCUUUGGUAUUUUUGCCGAAUUCAUGAGCAAAUUUGAGCGGGCCUUCAACGAUGUGCAGGCCAGUGAGCCCCUGUGCAGCCCGAAGAUGAUCCCCCCGCUUGCCUGGUGA